CACUGACAGUGAGAAGACAGUUUCUUGCUUUACAAAUUACAGAGAAGAGCGCUGUCUGAACUCUUGUAAAGGGCGUUCUCCAUCAUGGCUUCGUCCGUCGCUGCCCUGCGCGCUGCCGCUCAGAGCAGCGCCCUCCUGUCCAAGAGCGGCGCCAGCCAAAAUGUACCGACCGCUCAGCUGCCAGCUAUGUCUGGGUUGGGGCGUGCCAAUCGGCUCUUGACUCCCAGCGCAAAGAGCUCUCAAGCGGCUUCAAAGCGCCAAGCGCCUGGGGCUGUGCAGGUGAGGGCCACCAUUGCAGAGGAAAAGAAGGUGUUGAGCAUUGAGGAGGCGGAGGCGCGUGUGGUCGAAGGGAACCCGCCCCCAGCUCCGCCACCGCAACCAAAGCCCCGCAAGCCCAAAGGCACCCCUCCCUGCGACCCACUGGAUUUGACGUCAAGGCCCCGGCGCAACCGCAGGAACGGCACCUUCCGGGCUGCCUUCCAGGAGACCACGUUGUCACCCUCCAACUUCAUCCUGCCCGUCUUCAUUCAUGAAGGUGAGACCGCUGCUCCAAUUAACGCGAUGCCCGGGUGCUAUCGUGUUGGAUGGCGGCACGGCCUCUUGGACGAGGUGCGUAAGGCACGCGACGUUGGGGUCAACCAGGUCGUGCUGUUCCCCGUCGUUCCUAACGCGCUCAAGACGCCAACGGCGGACGAGUGCUACAACCCGGAGGGUAUUGUUCCGAGGGCGAUCCGGCUGCUGAAGGACACUUUCCCUGAGAUCGUCAUCUAUACAGAUGUUGCCCUAGACCCGUACAACUCGGACGGCCACGAUGGCAUUGUGAACGAGGCUGGUGAGAUCCUGAACGACGAGACUGUCUACCAGCUAGCAAAGCAAGCGGUCAUGCAGGCUGACGCGGGUGCUGACGUCGUGUCCCCGAGCGACAUGAUGGACGGCCGGGUGGGCGCCAUUCGUAACGCUCUCGACGAGGCGGGUCACCACAACGUCUCCAUCAUGGCAUACACCGCAAAGUAUGCGAGCGCUUUCUACGGGCCAUUCCGCGAGGCCCUAGACUCCAACCCUCGCUUCGGCGACAAGAAGACGUAUCAGAUGAACCCCGGCAACUUCCGCGAAGCGUUGAUCGAGGUAGAGUCGGACGAGGUGGAGGGCGCGGACAUCCUCAUGGUCAAGCCCGCGAUGCCGUACCUGGACGUUAUCCGUCUUCUGCGGGACAACACCUCCCUGCCCGUGUCUGCCUACCAGGUGAGCGGCGAGUAUUCAAUGAUCCGGGCCGCUGCCGCGGCGGGCAUGCUGGACGAGAAGAAGGCCAUCCUGGAGUCGCUGUUGUGUAUCAAGAGGGCGGGCGCUGACCUCAUCCUGACGUACUUUGCGACUGAAGCGGCCGGGUAUCUAGUUGCCGAUGCUGCGAAGAAGCCUUGGAGCUAAGCGGACAAACAUGCAAGUCGUCUAUGCUUGUAUGUACGAACGGGAAAACCCUGCGGGUGUUCUGACCGCUGAGCACCAGUUUUAAGGCACGAGUGUUUUAUCACGGAUGGGAAUAGUCUUGGAGAGACGUGAUGCCCCGAGGCAGACAGAAAUUGGUCGUUUGAAAUAACCAUACGAACGGGGUGUACGACCAUUGUAUCCCGUGUAUGUUUGCGUCCGGAUUGGAUGCGGAUGAGGUGACGACUAUUCAAUCUGCAAGCCUCGA